AUGAUGGGUUCCUGGCUGGUGCCCGCGGGGCAGAAGCUGCUGCUGUGGGGUGCAGCGAACGCCCUGUUUGUGGCGGGCGUCACCCUACUGCUGACCCUCCUGCCAAUGCUGGCGAACUAUGCGCGGAGAUGGCAGCAAAUGAGGGCCAUCCCGUCGGUCGCCGGCGCCUACCCGCUGGUGGGCCACGCGCUGAUGAUGAAGACUGACUCACAAGCCUUUUUUCAACAGAUAAUUGACUACUCUGAAGAAUUGCGACACAUGCCACUGCUUAAACUCUGGGUUGGACCGGUACCAAUGACCGCCCUGUAUCAUGCAGAAAACGUGGAGGUAAUUUUAACUAGCUCAAAGCAAAUUGACAAAUCAUCGUUCUACAAGUUCAUAGAGCCAUGGCUUGGUCAAGGACUUCUUACAAGUACCGGAAAUAAAUGGCGCAACAGGAGGAAAAUGCUAACACCUACCUUCCACUUUACAAUUCUGGAUGAUUUCUUAGAUGUCAUGAAUGAACAAUCUAGUAUACUAGUUAGUAAGCUUGAAAAACAUGUGGACAAAGAAGCAUUUAACUGCUUUUUUUACAUCACUCUCUGUGCCUUAGAUAUCAUCUGUGAAACAGCUAUGGGGAAGAAUAUUGGUGCUCAAAAUAAUGAUGAUUCCGAAUAUGUUCGUGCCGUUUAUAGGAUGAGUGACAUGAUACUUCAAAGAGUAAAGAAGCCCUGGUAUUGGUUUGACCUGUGGUACCUUAUGUUUAAAGAAGGAAGAGAACACAGAAGAAGUCUUAAGAUCUUACAUACUUUUACCAACAAUGUCAUCAGUGAGCGGGCAAGUCAGAUGAAGAGGGAAGAAGAAUGUAAAAACGAGAAAGACAGGGGCUCCAGCCUCACCAAAAAUAAGCGCAUGGCUUUCCUCGACUUGCUUUUGAAUGCAAUUGAUGAUGAGGGUAAAAAACUAAGUCAUGAAGACAUUAGAGAAGAAGUGGACACGUUCAUGUUCGAGGGUCAUGAUACGACAGCAGCUGCAAUAAACUGGUCCUUAUAUCUACUGGGAUCUUAUCCAGAAGCCCAGAAAAAAGUGGACAAUGAACUGGAUGAAGUGUUUGGAAAGUCUGAUCGCCCUGCCACCUUAGAAGACCUGAAGAAACUGAAAUACCUGGAAUGUGUUAUUAAAGAGAGCCUUCGCCUUUUUCCUUCUGUUCCUUUUUUUGCCCGGACUCUUAAUGAAGAUUGUGAAGUUGCGGGCUACAAAGUUUCAAAGGGCACUGAAGCCGUCAUCAUCCCCUAUGCGUUGCACAGAGACCCAAAAUAUUUUCCUGAUCCUGAGGAAUUCCAGCCAGAAAGGUUCUUUCCAGAGAAUAUGAAAGGACGCCACCCUUAUGCAUAUGUGCCCUUCUCUGCUGGACCCAGAAAUUGUAUAGGUCAAAAGUUUGCAAUAAUUGAAGAAAAGACUAUUCUUUCUUGCAUCCUGAGGCAGUUUUGGGUUGAAUGCAACCAGAAAAGAGAAGAACUUGGUCUGGCUGGAGAGCUGAUUCUUCGUCCUGAAAAUGGCAUCUGGAUCAAACUGAAAAGGAGAAACACUAAUGAACCCUGA